AUGGACUCUCUCUACGACGCCACCGAUUUUAACGCCACAAACGGGACAAACGUCUCCGCCAACUCCAGCGACGACUUUAACCAGUUCAUCCAGCCGGUGUGGCAGAUCACGCUGUGGGCUGUGGCUUAUUGCAGCAUCGUUGCGGUGUCUGUGGUCGGUAACAUGAUUGUUAUCUGGAUUAUUCUGGCGCAUAAACGCAUGAGGACCGUCACCAACUACUUUCUAGUGAACCUGGCCUUCGCUGAAGCCGCCAUGUCAGCGUUCAACGCAGUCAUCAACUUUGUCUACGCCGUUCACAACGAGUGGUACUUUGGUUUUGUGUACUGCCGCUUCCACAACUUCUUCCCCAUCGCCGCCAUAUUCGCCAGCAUAUACUCCAUGGCGGCCAUAGCGCUCGACAGAUACAUGGCUAUCAUCCAUCCCCUGCAGCAGAGGCUGUCCUCUACAGAGACCCGUGUAGUGAUUGGCGUGAUCUGGAUGCUGGCUCUGCUUUUAGCCUUCCCUCAGUACUACUACUCGUCUACCACCGUGCUGCCUGGACGCACCGUCUGCUACAUAGACUGGCCUGAAUACACCACUGUGGACUUCAAGAAGAUAUACUACGUGUGUGUGACUCUGCUGGUCUACUUCUUGCCCCUUGGUGUGAUGGGAUGGGCGUACACGGCCGUGGGCAUCACCCUCUGGGCCAGCCAAAUACCCGGAGACUCGUCUGAACGCUACAAAGAGCAGCUCAUUGCCAAACGCAAGGUGGUGAAGAUGAUGAUCGUGGUGGUGUGUACCUUCGCUCUGUGCUGGCUGCCCUAUCAUAUCUACUUCUUACUGCACCAGUUCUUCCCCGACUUGUUCGAGCAGCGCUACAUGCAGCAGGUGUACCUCACUAUCAUGUGGAUGGCAAUGAGCUCCACCAUGUACAACCCAAUCAUCUACUACUGCCUCAACGUCAGGUUCAGAGCAGGUUUCCAGCAGGUGUUUUGCUGCUGCGCUUCAACCGCCGCCAAAGAGGAGCUCGAGCUCAAAUCACCUCGCUACCUGCAGACACAGGUGAGCACAUAUCGAGCCAGUCGGAUGGAGACCGUCAUUUCCACCGCCGUCCACCCAGCGGAGAAAAAAAGCGCAGAGCUGCCGUCCUGCGACCCCAACGGACAGCCUCACGCCGAGCUCACGUCCAACGGCUCGGGCUCAGAGACGUUCACGAAGGGCCCAAGCAACCCUUUACAUUAGAGCCAACUGACUGCCAUCGCGAGUCACUGAGCGUGGGAAACAAAAGUGCCGAUGUUUGACGAGAAGCGGCUUAAAUUUUGGCGUAACUCAUCUACUGUUGUACAGGUCAAGUGCAUUAUUUUAGUUAUUGUGUUUUAACAAGUCGGACAAGUGCAUUAAUACCCAGCAGAUGCCUGGAGCGUCAGUGGAUGUCUUGAAAUCAAACAAACAAACAAAAAAGAGGCCUGAUAGCAGCAGUAGAGUAAUGAGGCCAACGCGGAAGUAACUUAGAGCUGCAUUCUAUCAAAAGGCCACCAGGGGGCGACCGUCUCUAUACAAGUCAAUGGAGAAUUCACCAACUUCUCACUUGAUUUCUAAUCUCAGUAAACGUUUUCAAAAUGUGUUUAUGGUCUCAAUCGCUAGUUUA